AUGGGAAGUGCAAUCACCAUCAGAAACGGGAGUGCAGCCAUUUCUUUGACAACAGAGAAGGAUAAUCAACUUAAAAGCCCUCGGGCCGAUGGAAGUAUAAUACUGCCUGACACUAAAGGGCAAAUGCAGGAUAUACUCCAAAAUGACUACUCAAUAAACUGUACUUCUGGAUUGGAGAACAAGAGCAAAUGCCUGGAGAAAGUCCAUGUUGUUCUUGGGAAUAAAUCCUGCGAUUUGGAUUCACUCAUUUCUACUCUGGCCUAUGCCUACUUUCUAGACAAGGUUAGUCCUCCUGAUGUUCUUUGCCUACCCGUGUUGAACAUACCAAGAAGAGAUUUUAGCUACUUCACAGAGACAAGAUUUAUAUUGGAGGAGCUGAAUAUCCCGGAGUCAUUCCAUAUCUUCCGAGAUGAAAUCAAUUUGCACCAGCUGAAUGCUGAAGGGAAAUUGUCUUUAACACUUGUAAACAGCAACAUGCUGACAAGUGAGGAUAAAAGUUUGGAAUCAGCUGUUGUCAAAGUCAUCAAUCCAGAUGAGCAAUGUGGUGUCAGCCUGGAGUUACAAGCGUCUUCUUCCUCUGUAGUAGUAAAAGAGAUUCUUCAAGAGGCACCAGAGUUAAUCACUCAGCAACUGGCUUAUCUCCUCAGAGGGAGCAUUCUCUUCAAAUGCAUGUCUUUGGAGGCUGACAGAAUUACAGAGCAACAGGAGAAAGUACUGUCAAUCCUAGAGGAAAAGUUUCCAGAUCUUCCCCCACGAGAGGAAAUUAUCUCUGUUCUCCAGGAGACUCAGUUUAACCCACAAGGUGUAAGUAUUGAGGACAUUAUGCUGAAGGAUCUCAAGAUUUCAGAUGGAGAAAUCAAAGUAGCAAUUAGCACUGUGUACUUGACACUGGAG